AGGAAUUGUCCUCAUCAAGAGAUCUAAAUAUAUAAAAGACUCUCUAUUGUUCAUUUCAAGACCUCUUUAAAGAUGCGGACGGUUUAUACAUCAAUAAAAGAUAUCACUCCAAGUACAAGAGACUGGAAAAUCAAAAUGAUUGUGGCAGAAAAGUCACCCAAACGAACAGGCCAACGCUCACCAGUGAAGUACCAAAGCCUAACAUUGAUUGAUCCAGAGGAAAAUCAGCUGCAAGCUACAAUAUUUGAUAAAGAUAUUGACUCGCGACAAGAUACUUUGCACAUUUUCCAGUCAUAUUACAUCAGUAAUGCAUAUGUGAAGCCAUUGGAUCCGAAGUAUAGAAUUGAAACAUAUGAAUAUCAAUGGAUCUUAAAUGCUAAAACGAUAAUUGAGGAAGUUCCAAAGGAUGAAGGACAACUGGAGCCACCAAAGUACCAACUCAUUCCAUUCAAUGAAUUAGAUGCCUACAAGAAUUCAAUUGCAGAAAUAGACAUUUUAGCUCUUGCAAUCCAAAUCAAGCCAUGUAGAGAGAUAACUUUAGCACAUGGACCAACAACUAUUCAAGAGAUAUAUGUUAUCGAUCAAGGCUUAAACCCCAUAUGUUUAACUAUGUGGGGUCGAUUCGUGCAAGAUGAAUGCAAAAAAAUCUCGGAAAUGAUUGAGACAAAGCCAAUUAUACUUGGAACCAAAAUAAGAGUUGGUUCUUAUAAUGGAUUAUCUCUAUCAUCACGUCCGAAAAGUAAAUUUAUGAUCAAUCCUGUUAUUCCUGAGGCAACUUCAUUGCAAGAGUGGGCAGCGAUUAAUGAUUUAUUACUCAAGAGUAUUAUUGCAAAAAACUUGACACACCCAUCUGCAUCUCUAUCUUCUGUUGGCAUUCGGGAAAUAAUCAAGAAUUGUGAUGUUGCUGAAUUCAUCAAAAGUUUGCAACCCAUGGCGAAAACAAAAUUUUGGAUAAAGGCAAACAUAAUUGUGGUUGAUUUGCGCCAGAUAUUUUUUUACAUGUCAUGUAUUGGCUGUAAUAAAGGAACUGGAUAUGAUUACAAUGAUACAUUCCUUUGUUACCAUUGCAAACACGAAAGCAUUUCCCAACCACGCUGCCGAGCAUAUGUUGAACUCGACGAUAAUACAGGAAGACUAUCUGCUGUUAUGUUUGGUGAAGUUGUAGAAGAAGCAUUCGGUUGUUCAGCAGUUGAGCUUAUGAAUCAUACUGGAGAUGAACAUUUGUCAUAUAUAGAAAAUCUUGUGGCACAAGUUUCACAGAAAGAGUGGGAGAUUGAACUUCUUGCAGACCUCGAUCGACUCAACCAAAAGCAGUUCAAGAAUUUCAAUGUCGUCUCUAUUAAUGCUGUACAGGAUGACACAAAAUGAUGGAUUAGAGUAAAAACAUCAAACUACUCAUAUAUAUAUUUUUUUAUCAUUUUGUGUUAAUUUAACAGUGAAGAUUGUACAUCAGACUUUCAACUAUGGUCCAUGUCUUUGGGUGCCACAAUCUAUUAUUGUUGUAGAAAAUAACUUGUUAUGUUCCAAUUUCUCAGACAUACAGUUAUUUUAAUACAA